UUACGGCAGUGUGGCUGGAGCCGCUACUGAGGGGGCCGCGGUUUGGGCGUGAGUGGAGGGAACCGGAGUAGCCGGUGUCGGCUGGGCCUACAACCAUGGACGUGGGCGAACUUCUGAGCUACCAGCCCAACAGGGGCACGAAACGUCCCCGGGAUGAUGAAGAGGAAGAGCUGAAAAUGCGUCGGAAACAAGCUGGUACUCGAGAACGUGGCCGCUAUCGGGAAGAGGAAAUGACUGCUGUGGUAGAAGAAGCAGAUGAUGACAAAAAAAGGCUUCUUCAGAUUAUUGACAGAGAGGGUGAGGAGGAAGAGGAGGAGGAGGAACCAUUGGAUGAAAGCUCAGUGAAGAAAAUGAUCCUUACAUUUGAGAAAAGAUCAUAUAAGAACCAAGAGUUGCGGAUCAAGUUUCCAGACAAUCCCGAGAAGUUUAUGGAAUCUGAGCUGGACCUAAAUGACAUCAUUCAGGAGAUGCAUGUGGUGGCCACCAUGCCAGACCUGUACCACCUUCUGGUGGAGCUGAAUGCUGUGCAGUCUCUUCUUGGGUUGCUUGGACACGAUAAUACAGAUGUGUCCAUAGCUGUGGUUGAUUUGCUUCAGGAAUUAACAGACAUAGACACCCUCCAUGAGAGUGAAGAGGGAGCAGAAGUACUCAUCGAUGCUCUGGUGGACGGGCAAGUGGUAGCGCUGCUCGUGCAGAACCUGGAGCGUCUGGAUGAGUCCGUGAAAGAAGAGGCAGAUGGCGUCCACAACACUCUGGCUAUUGUGGAAAACAUGGCUGAGUUCCGGCCCGAGAUGUGCACGGAGGCUGCCCAGCAGGGUCUUCUGCAGUGGCUGCUGAAGAGGCUGAAGGCAAAGAUGCCCUUCGAUGCCAACAAACUGUAUUGUAGUGAAGUGCUGGCCAUAUUGCUCCAGGACAAUGAUGAAAACAGGGAAUUGCUUGGGGAGCUGGAUGGAAUCGAUGUGCUUCUUCAGCAGUUAUCCGUGUUUAAAAGACACAAUCCUAGCACGGCCGAGGAGCAGGAGAUGAUGGAGAACCUGUUUGAUUCACUCUGUUCCUGCCUAAUGCUCAGUUCCAAUCGUGAGCGCUUCCUGAAGGGCGAGGGUCUUCAGCUGAUGAAUCUCAUGCUCAGAGAAAAGAAGAUCUCCCGGAGCAGUGCCCUGAAGGUGCUGGACCAUGCCAUGAUUGGGCCCGAGGGCACAGACAAUUGUCAUAAGUUUGUUGACAUUCUUGGCCUACGAACCAUCUUUCCGCUCUUUAUGAAAUCUCCCAGGAAGAUCAAGAAAGUGGGGACCACUGAGAAGGAACAUGAAGAGCAUGUCUGUUCGAUCCUGGCUUCCCUCCUGCGGAACCUGAGAGGGCAGCAGCGAACCCGGCUUCUGAAUAAAUUCACAGAAAAUGACAGUGAGAAGGUUGACAGACUGAUGGAGUUGCAUUUUAAAUAUCUGGAUGCAAUGCAGGUGGCCGACAAGAAGAUUGAAGGGGAAAAGCACGACAUGGUCCGGCGUGGAGAAAUCAUAGACAACGACAUUGAGGAUGAGUUCUACCUCCGGCGCUUGGACGCUGGGCUCUUUGUUCUCCAGCACAUCUGCUACAUCAUGGCGGAGAUCUGCAAUGCCAAUGUGCCCCAGAUUCGCCAGAGGGUUCACCAGAUCCUAAACAUGCGAGGAAGCUCCAUCAAAAUUGUCAGGCACAUCAUCAAAGCGGUUCUCAAAGUUGAGCCUACAUCAGCAUUACCUGGAGGACUUGUUCAAACAGACUGCUGGGCCUAGUAAGUAGGUCUGGGUUGGGCCUCAAAAUUUGCAUUUCUAGUAAGUUUCUCUGUGCUGCUGAUGCUGCUGCUCCAGGUCCAUACUCUGACAACCACUGGUCUAGAGCAAUGCCUGCCCGCAGUAGGCGUCCACUCCCUGUGCGCUAAGUGAGUAAAUGAGUGAGUAAAGGCUGGGGCUAGGAGAAGAGUGUGAGCCUGGAAAGGUAAGUUGGGCCCUUUUCGCUGAGGGCCUCGAAUGCAAAACCAAGGAGUUUGGCUGCACCUGCCACCAUGGGGGCUUAGAACAGCAUGCACCACAGUGGGAGCUGGGAUUCAGGGAGAGGGGUGAAGUGACCCCACCACCAUGGACCCCACGCCUCUGAUUCACGCCUAACCCUGCCUUUGUCU